AUGUCAACCUUCACUGCCCUCAACGGGGGCUCACCAAAAACGUCAGAACCACCCAACCCGCCCGCCGACACGAGUAGAGCCCCGUCAGACGAGCGCACCAAUGGACAGUCCACUCUUCCUGAGCCCAAAUCGACCACUGCCGUAGAGCCCUCAGCCAGUCAGAGGGAACCUUGGGCCGGCCCAAGUCAGGACAGAUCCCCGUAUCAAACUGCAAACUACCCCGACGUUGAUGGUUCUCACAAGAGAAAGCGAUCAAACUCUGUUGAGCCAAGGCGAGAAGCCCCCGGGCGUCAGGAAAAGUCCCCUGAUACCGCCUCUCAACCUCACCCACCAGAACCUCGUGAACCCUAUGGAACACCCUCGCGCGACCACCGCCCGUAUGCCGAACGUGAAGAUUCACGGGAACAGGGUGAGCCAUGGUAUUCACGCGAGGGGAGGGAACGAGAGAGGGAGAGGGAGGAGAGGAGCUACUAUGAUCAGCCCUCCGCAACGUCUACCCAAGGUCAAUCCGAGGAACAAAUCGGGGAGGCACUUAGACGCGCCAACCAGAUGGAUGCGAAUGACUACGACAACACCAGUCCUGACGGUGAUGACCGAUCAAUGGCAUAUGGCUCUUACACGCCUGGCGGAUCCCGUGAUAUGCUGCAAUCUGACAAGGCGAAGAGAAAGCGAAACUUCAGUAAUAGAACCAAGACGGGGUGUCUAACGUGCCGAAGGAGGAAGAAGAAGUGCGACGAGCAGAAACCGGAAUGUAGCAACUGCCUUCGUGGAGGCUUUGUCUGCGCAGGAUACCCUCCGCAGCGUAAUACGGCAUGGCAGAAGCCGGAUAGCAAGGCCGCCGCCAUUCCCCUGGAGUCUAAAGACCCUAGCUACGUUCCACCUGGCGCGUAUGGCAUGCCACAGCAAACUCCUUACGGUAGCCAGCCAGCUGUUGGACCAAGACGAGAGGCAUUGCCUCACUACCGCGGCCAGCCGUUACGGAUAGAUCCCCCUCAAGGCCGACCCUUGUUGACUGAAGACGACCGGCCCACGGCCUCGACGAUUCCCAGCGCGUCUGUUGCGAGCCCCGAGACCAAGCUAUCCGCCAUUCCCUACACUCCGGCGAACGCUUUCCCAACGCCAAUCAGUGCUCAAGGGCCCCCUCAUGCGCCCUUCUCAGAGAGAAAGGACUACCAGCGUGUGCCCCCGUUGCACGACAUCAGCAGAACUGGGCCGGAACCGGAAACACCUCAUCCUGGCAAUACGCUGCCGCAAAUCAACAUUCUGCACCCUACGAGGUCGAACAGCCCCAUCCCGCAGCCGCCAGCAACCACCAACGUCCAAGUUGCUGCGCAGCUAGCCUUGUCGCAUACCCAGUUCUCCUCUAGCCGGCCCAGGACGCAGAAGGAGGAUAUGCUCGCUGGCAAGCUCUACUAUCCAUUCGACAAGGAGCUUGUCCUGGAACGCGAACGGUGCAGCGCAGCCUGUUGGCGAUUCAAUAACUCGACGAACCCCAACAACGGCGUAUCUCCAGUCGAGCGAGCCCGCUUAUUCCGCGAGAUUUUGCAACCUCGCGACCCCAUCCAAAUUUCUCCGACAAUCGCAUCACCGGUGACCAACGUCGGAAGGGUGGGCGAGCACGUUGUUGUUGAAGCGCCAUUCACUUGCGACUAUGGAUAUAACAUCUCGCUUGGGCAGAACGUCGUUGUCGGCCGAAGUUGCACCAUUAUCGACACCUGCGAGGUCAAAAUUGGCGACAACUGCCACAUCGGACCAAACGUGAGCAUUUACGCGGCGACACUACCCACCGAUCCGAAGCGGCGCAUGGGUAGCAAGGGCCCUCAACUUGGCAAGCCUGUCACCAUUGAAGAGGACUGCUUCAUUGGCGGAGGGGUGAUUAUUUUGCCAGGCGUUAGGAUUGGGCACGGAAGCACCGUUGGGGCUGGUGCGGUUGUCACCAAGGACGUCCCUCCCUUCACCAUCGCUGUCGGCAACAACGCCAGAAUUAUCCGCGGCAUUUCCUCCUAA